AUGUCCCCCCCCGCCCAGCCGGGGGUGCCGGGCGGCCGCGGCUCUAAGGGGCCCCCGGCGCGGAAGCUGCUCUGCAUGUGCAGCCUCUCGCUGUGCCUCACCUACCUGUGCUACAGCCUGAUGGGGGGCACCGGUCCGGCCGUCCUGCGCUCCCCCGCCGCACUCCCCGGCUCGGCGGUCCCCGGGGCCCCGCGUUCCCCCACCGCCUUCCCGGUCACGGCGGCCCCGCGCUCCCCCGCCAGUCCCCCGGGCAGCCCCUCCGCCGCCCCGGGCAGCCCCUCCACCGCUCCGCCGCGGGCCUCCUCCAACGGCAGCCGGGAAGGGGCGGCGGGCACCUGGCUGCGGGCACAGCUGGCCCCCGGGGAGGUGAUCACGGCGCAGAGCGGAGCCUUCGAGAGGGACCCGCAGGAGUCGAGCACCACGGACGAGGAGCUGAGCCGGGCCGGCUGCCCGGGCGGCCGCGGCGGCAGCAGCACCACGCCGGACUACGGCGAGAAGCGGCUGCCGCAAGCGCUCAUCAUCGGGGUGAAGAAGGGGGGGACGCGGGCGCUGCUGGAAGCCAUCCGGGCGCACCCCGACGUGCGGGCCGUGGGCACCGAGCCCCACUUCUUCGACAGGAACUACGAGAAAGGGCUGGAGUGGUACAGGAACGUGAUGCCCAAGACCCUGGAGGGCCAGAUCACCAUGGAGAAGACCCCCAGCUACUUCGUGACCAACGAGGCCCCGCGGCGCAUCCACAGCAUGGCCAAGGACACGAAGCUGAUCGUGGUGGUGCGCAACCCGGUGACCAGGGCCAUCUCUGACUACACACAGACCCUCUCCAAAAAGCCAGAGAUCCCCACCUUCGAGGUGCUGGCCUUCAAGAACCGGACUCUGGGGCUCAUUGAUGCCUCCUGGAGUGCUAUCCGCAUUGGGAUUUAUGCCCUACACUUGGAAAACUGGCUCCAGUACUUCCCCCUCUCCCAGAUCCUGUUUGUCAGUGGUGAGAGGCUCAUCACUGACCCAGCUGGGGAAAUGGCCAAGGUCCAGGACUUCUUAGGCCUCAAGAGGAUUGUGACAGAGAAGCAUUUUUAUUUUAACAAAACAAAGGGGUUUCCCUGUCUAAAGAAGCCAGAGGACAGCAGUGCUCCCCGGUGUCUGGGCAAGUCCAAGGGUCGAACUCACCCCAAAAUAGACCCAGAUGUCAUCCACAGACUGCGGAAGUUUUACAAACCCUUCAAUGUCAUGUUUUACCAAAUGACAGGCCAAGAUUUCCAGUGGGAGCAGGAAGAAAGCGAUAAGUAA